UCUUCUUGUUUCUCAGAGGCAUUCAAACUUCACAAGCAUGAACUCCGGGGCUGUGUAAUUGGACAUCCCCUGCACCGGCCGGCCUCCCUCGCCAGCUCUGGGGCUCCGGCGCCGCGGCUCCGAUCUCCAGCGGGGCUGACCCGGUCGGUGUUCGCGAGCCCUCCAGGACCCGGACGGGGCGCGGCCGCAGGACCCGACGGGGCAGCUGUGGGGUCCUCGCGCGCGUCCCACGUGGGCACAAGCGGAGCCGCCGUCCAGCUUCUCCAGGUCCAGGCGCGCCUGGCUCGCCCGCCUGAGGCUGCACCCCUUCGCCGGCCAUGGCGGUCGCGCACGGCGUGCGCCUCCAGGGUUUCGAGUCCCCGGCUGCCGCCCCCAGGACGUCCUCCGGACCCCGCCGGGCCCAGGUGAGGCGGCAAGGAGAGGCCACCAAAAGAAAAUACCAAGGGUCCAGUGAGGCUCCCCCAUGGAAACGGAAGAACGAGACAUCAUUUCUCCCGGCCAAGAAAACUGCUCCAAAAGAAACACAGAAGACUUUUAAGGGGAAAGCACAGAAAAUAUUUUCUCUGAAGAAGUCUUCGGCUAGUGCCAGUGAUAGAAAGCAAGAACAGAAACCGUGCAUUAAGACUUCAUCAUUGUUUAAAAACAACCCUGAAAUUCCAGAACUCCACAGACCUGUAGUAAAGCAGGUACAAGAAAAAGUGUUUACUUCAGAUGCUUUUCAUGGACUGGACCUCCACCCACAUUUGAUUUCCACAAUAAAUACAGUCUUAAAAAUGUCAUGUAUGACCAGUGUUCAGAAGCAAAGUAUUCCCGCAUUGCUGGAAGGCAGAGAUGCUCUCGUGAGAUCGCAGACGGGCUCAGGUAAAACUCUUGCCUACUGCAUCCCUGUGGUCCAGUGUCUUCAAGCAAUGAAACCAAAAAUACAGGACCCAGGCAUCCUUCUCCCCACUCUCUGCAUUCUCCUGGGGACAUUCCGGGUGUGUAAAGCAAAUCGCAGCGAUGGCCCCUAUGCUCUGGUGCUAGUGCCAACGAGAGAGCUGGCUCUACAAAGCUUUGACACUGUCCAGAAACUGCUUAAGCCAUUUAACUGGAUUGUGCCUGGAGUGUUGAUGGGAGGAGAGAAGAGAAAAUCAGAAAAAGCCAGACUCCGCAAAGGAAUAAAUAUCCUUAUUUCAACUCCUGGUCGUCUGGUGGAUCACAUAAAAUCCACAAAGAGCAUUCAUUUUAGUCGGAUACAGUGGCUGGUUUUGGAUGAAGCAGACAGAAUCUUGGACUUGGGUUUUGAAAAGGAUGUCACAGUGAUCCUCAAUGCCGUGAACUCUGAGUGCCAGAAACGACAGAACGUCUUGCUGUCGGCAACGCUCACAGAAGGUGUAGCACGGCUGGCUGAUAUCAGUUUGCACAAUCCAGUCUGUAUUUCUGUCCUGGAUGAAAGCCAUGGUCAGUCUGACCCAAAGGGCCGAGCAGUUCCUGAGGUUUGGCCUCCACAAGCUAGCGACGAGCUGCACAGCUUUGCAAUACCAGAGAGGCUGGAUCAGCAUGUGGCGUUGGUUCCCAGCAAACUGAGGCUCGUCUCCUUAGCAGCCUUCAUCCUGCAGAAAUGUAAGUUUGAAAAAGACCAGAAGAUGAUUAUCUUCUUCUCAAGUUGCGAGCUGGUGGAGUUCCACUACCACCUCUUCGUCCAGACCCUGCUGAGCUGCUCAGGAGCCCCCGCGUCAGAGCAGCCACCAUCUGCCUCCUCACGAUUAAAAUUCCUACGGCUGCAUGGCGACAUGCAGCAGGAGGAAAGAACAGCAGUGUUUCAAGAAUUCUCACAUUCCACAGCAGGUGUCCUUCUUUGCACGGAUGUUGCAGCUCGGGGCUUAGAUCUCCCUCAAGUCACAUGGAUUGUUCAGUACAAUGCUCCAUCUUCACCCGCUGAAUACAUUCAUCGGAUCGGGAGAACCGCCCGGAUUGGCUGCCAUGGGAGCAGCCUGCUCAUUUUGGCUCCUUCGGAGGCAGAAUAUGUCAACUCGUUGGCUUCUCACAAAAUCAAUGUUUCUGAGAUUAAGGUGGAAGAUAUUUUGUCUGUCCUGACAAGGGAUGAUUGUUUCAAAGGGAGGCGCCGGGGAAACCAGAAAUCCUGUGCCGUGGGCCCCCAGGAAAUCCGAGAGCGAGCCACAGUCUUGCAGACAGUGUUUGAAGAUUACGUGCACUCCAGUGAGAGGAGGGUCUCCUGGGCAAAGAAAGCCCUACAGUCCUUCAUCCGAGCCUACGCAACCUACCCCCGGGAGCUGAAGCACAUCUUCCAUGUCCGACUGCUCCACCUCGGGCACGUGGCUAAGAGCUUUGGGCUAAGAGAUGCACCCCAAAAUCUUAGUGUCUCAGCUAUAAAGAAGAGGAAGGCAAACCUGAAAAGGCCUGACCUUCAUAGGAAGACUCAGAGUAAACACCACCUUGCUGAAAUCUUGCGUUCGGAAUACUCGAGCGGGAUGGAGGCCUGCGUCGCCAAGGUCAAAAAGCAAAACAAACAUGCGGAGCCCGGCAGCCAGCCAUGCAGCGCUGACUGCACCCGACUCCCAGCCUCGGCCGUGGGAAAACAAAAAACACUCUCCAUGAAACAGAGAAAAGUGCAGAAAGACUUACUGAGGGACAAGAAUUCCCAGAAAGUUUUUUUAAACUCUGCUUCCACAGGGCUGGGCCUCCAAGUGGAUCUCAGGGGCCCCUGGAGGCCCUAGAUUGCCAUCCAUAUUCUUGUCAAGAAGUACUGGUGCCGCCCUGCCCUGAAGACUAAGCCCCUGAGGCUCCUGGAGCCCCAGCCUUGCCUCUGGUCAGGGGAGCCCUCCCAGAAAGCAGUGGGGCGGAGGUGGGGCGAGCGCCCGCACAGUGUACGCGAGCCACUUAGCUUGUGCCUUAUGGAAGGUACCUUACAUCUUGCAUUUAUCCCACCAAUGCCAGACACUUGUCUUUGCCAGUAGAGCAAAUGGCGCCCCCACAACUUACUGUAAAAGCCUACUGUCCCCACCUCAGCCAGGAGGGCCUGGGAGCCAGCCUGGGACAGCGUUUUGCUGUAGCCAUCCAAUCAGUGCAUCUAUUGUCAUGAAUUUUGUAAAAUAGGAUUUUAAAGUCUUGAAUUUAUAAAAGAAGAGGAAAAAAUU